CAGCUUAGCGGACUUUCAACUUGAAGCCGAGGGAAGGGAAGCAGGAAGGCCGUUCUGAGGCAGCUGGAGCCCUGUCAUGGCCAAGUUUCUUUCCCAGGACCAAAUUAAUGAGUACAAGGAAUGCUUCUCCCUGUACGACAAGCAGCAGAGGGGGAAGAUAAAAGCCACUGACCUCCUGGUGGCGAUGAGGUGCCUGGGGGCCAGCCCGACGCCGGGGGAGGCGCAGCAGCACCUGCAGAUUCACGGCAUAGACAGAAAUGGAGAGCUGGAUUUCUCCACUUUCCUGACCAUUAUGCACAUGCAAAUAAAACAAGAGGACCCAAAGAAAGAAAUUCUUCUAGCCAUGUUGAUGGCGGACAAGGAGAAGAAAGGUUACAUCAUGGCGUCCGAGCUACGGUCAAAACUCAUGAAUCUGGGGGAGAAGCUCACCCACAAGGAAGUGGAUGAUCUUUUCAGGGAAGCAAAUAUCGAACCAAAUGGCAAAGUGAAGUAUGAUGAAUUUAUUCAUAAGAUCACCCUUCCUGCACGGGACUACUGAAUGAAGAGAGUGCAAGAGAGCUUCCACCUGGCCUGGAUGGAUUAAUUUUUAAAAAGGAGUGUUCUUUUCACUCGAGGGAGAUGGCAAACGCAGCAGCAGAUGACAUUACCCAACUGUAGCAGAGCACAACUAAGAAUGCUAAUAAAUGAUUUCAGCCAUGGUA